UUCCUUUCCUCUGUUCUUUUCUGUACCUGUACCACUGAACCAAGGCGCGAGGCUGAGCUAGGGUUAGUCGAAAACUUGGGCGACUCACCUCUGUCCCUCGAUCUCCCUCUCCUCUUCCUCGAGAUCUCCCUGUCCCUAUCCCUCUCCCUCUCCAUGUCCAUCUCCGGCCACCAGCGUUGAAACACCAACGCCCAGGAUCCAGAUCAUGAGUUCCAGCGGCAGCGCGCUGUGAUUGCAUCUUUGUAGCGAAUCGGCGUUGUAGCUCCGUGGAUCAACAACACGGCUGCGUGGGAGUCGGGCAUCCGCCUUUACGGCUAAGGAUCUGAGCUGUGCGGUUGAAUAGGACCUGACUAUCGUCCUUUACCGCUUAGGAUCUGAGCCAUGGAGUCCAUGAGAAGUGCUGCUCUAAGCAUUGGGUCAACUACAGCAAUGGGAGUUGAAGAUGAUGCCAACAGCUUCGCCCUGGGCAUGAUCCAUCAGGUCGAAAACGAUGGAAAUAGCUACCACACGCCAACAUGAACUAGCAGUCUUCCGUUUUGUGGGUCAAGAUAUGAGCCUCAGUGUGAUCCUAACUUACAACCCGUAAUUGGUAUGCAAUUUGACACCUGGGAGGAAGGUAUGACAUUCUACAAAAUGUAUGCUCAUGAAGUCGGGUUCUCGGUUCGCACAUGGACAACACACAAAGAUGAACAUGGCAUACUGUGGAAGAGGUUUGUUUGUGCUAGGGAGGGUUGGAGGAAGGUGGCCCGGGAAGAGGAAAGGAUAAAGCCGAAGAGAAAAUUCAAGUUAACUAGGUGUGGUUGUGAGGCUAUGAUUGGAUUGAAGAGGCAAGAUGAUGGCAAAUAUAAGGUCGCCCGGUUUGUUCAAUCACACACCCACCAACUUAUUUCGCCAAGUAAGAGACAUCUCAUCAAGUCAAAUAGAGAAGUAAGUAGUGAGUUGAGAAGCAAAUUACUUACAUGUCAUAAGGCAAUGGUUGGCACAUCUACAGCAUAUCACUUGCUUAGUGUAGAGAAGGGAGGUCCGGAAAAUGUGGGCUGCACAAAGCAUGACUUCCAGAACUCUCAUCGUGAUUUUAAAAGAGCAAUUAAGAGAGCAGAUGGACAGAUCAUAGUAGAUAUAAUGAAAAGGAAGCAGGCUGCCAAUCCAGCAUUCUACUUUGACUACCAAGUCGAUGAGAAUGACAAACUUAUAAAUAUUUUCUGGGCGGAUAGCAUAUGCAGAAAGAACUACUCAUUGUUUGGUGAAGUUGUGUCUUUUGACUCGACAUAUCGCUUUAAUAGGUAUAACUUGGUAUUUGCCCCUUUCACAGGAGUUAACAACCACAGGUCUUGUGUCACGCUUGGUGCAGCUUUUCUAUGGAAUGUGAAGAAAGAAUCUUAUAUAUGGUUGUUCAAGACUUUCUUGAAAGCAAUGUCUGGGGUUGCACCUAAGAUCAUCAUGAACGACGAAGACCAAAGCAUGAGAAUAGGGAUAGAACAAGUUUUUCCAAACACUAAACAUAGGCUUUGUAUGUGGCACAUCCUCAUGAAGCUUACUGAAAAAGUUGGUGCCACCAUGAAAAAUAAUCCAGAUUUUCAUGAACGGUUUAUGGCAUGUAUUUGGGGAUCAGAGACACCAAGUGAGUUUGAGUCACAAUGGUGUUCAAUAAUAUCUGACUUUGGGCUAAAAGAUAAUACAUGGUUGCAGGAGAAGUAUGAGGCGCGCAAGUCAUGGAUUCCGGCAUAUUUUACGGAGAUCACCCUUGGCGGAAUCUUGCGUACUACAUCAAGAUCUGAGAGUGAGAAUGCAUUCUUUAGACACUUUGCCAACCGAAAUCUUGCACACUGAUUGAGUUUUGGGUCAGGUUUGAAACAGCUUUAGAGGAACAACGACAAAAAGAAUUGCAAGAAGACAAUGCCAGCCUCCAUACACUGCCUAUGCUUGAGACUUGUUGGAGUAUCGAGAUUCAUGGUAGAGAUGUGUAUACUCAUGAGGUUUUUGCUGAAUUUCAACGUCAGGUGGUGGCUGCAAGGGAUUAUUGUCAUGUUAAAUCAAUCGUGCAGGUUGGUGAGGUCCGGACCAUUGGUAUUAGCAGCAAGAGUGGCAAGGUUAGAGUAGUUAAUUUCAACACUAGUACCAAGGCAACACACUGUUCUUGUAGGAUGUUCGAAUCACUGGGUAUCAUCUGCCGUCACAUCAUUGUUGUCCUAAAGAAUGAGGGGUGUAAUGAAAUUCCUAGUCAAUAUGUGUUGCAUAGGUGGACUAAAAUGGUUGCACGUCAGCUUUCCUAUGAUGCCAACGGACAUGAGCUAGAAGGCCCAUCUACAUGUCUUUCACCUACCAUAAAAAAGUUGUACUCGGAAACAUGUUCAAAAUUCAGCUUGGCACUUCAUGUAGCGAAACAUUGUGAGGACAAAAUGAGAUAUUUUCACAAGGUUGUUGCUGAUGCCUUCACGCAAUUGGGACAGAUGGGUGCCAUUAGUGAGCAAAGUAAAGUUCAAGAAUUUGAAUCCUUCGUUGGAACAUCAUUCCCAAGUGUGAUCAAUAUUCAUCCACCAGAUGUAGCGAACACAAAAGGGACUGGUAAGAGAUUGAAAAGGGGCUCAGAACAGACUGUGAACCAAAAGAAAAAGAGGGCAAAUAGCAUCCAAAAGGUCCCAGAUAAGUAGGGGCGGUGGUUUUACUAGUUCGAUGUUUGAAUAACUCUUUGAAGUCAUUUGGUUGGCUACGUUCUCGCUAGAAUGGCGGUGAUAUUCGUAGGCGAUGAGGUUUUUGACUUGUGGUCUUUCUAGGAGCUCACACUUGCAAGUGUGUCACUGAAGCAUGCAUAUGUUCUAUGUCUGUGACUCUGGAUGCGGUUACUGUUAGCUUUAGGAAGUAGCUAAUACUAAACCAUGUUGUCUCAUUAGUCGUGUUUAACUAUGAAGAAAAGAUUGUAUAACUUGGCAAGGAUUGCUAAGCCUAGCUUAAUGUAGAUUUGAAGAUUUGGUUUGUCUUUCUGUGUUACUGUCAGUUGUAGCCAGCUUGUUGUAUGUCAUGCUCAUGUGACUACUUUCCGAAUUAGUGAAACCUUGUUACUA